AUGGAGCAGACCCGCGCUCUCAAUGCCCUCGAACCCUUCCUGGCCCUCUCCAAGAGCGCAAACUCGCCCCGCGCCGCAGCAGACCUCAUCACACAAGCCACCUCGGCACCAAACACCUACGUCUUCGCCGAGCUGCUGCAAACCCCGAAUAUCCAGAACCUGAGGGAUGCAGGCGAGUACGCGGGAUACCUCUCGCUUCUCGAGAUCUUCGCCUGGGGCACCUGGGCCGAUUACAAAGCGAACAUGUCAACCCUCCCACAGCUCACCCCAGCACAACACCAAAAACUCCUCCUCCUCUCGCUCCUCCCUCUCGCCCACGCCCACCAAACCCUGACCUACCCCUCCCUCCUCACACACCUCGACCUCCCCUCCCCCGCCGCCCUCGAACAACUCCUCACCACGGCCAUCUACUCGGGCUUAUUGACGGCAACGCUCGACCCGGCCAACGCCCGCGUGCACGUCACCGCCAUCGCGCCGCUGCGCGACCUGCCUCCCGCCGCGAUACCGCAGUUGCAGACGGUGCUGGAUGCGUGGGAGCUGCGGUGUGUGGAGGCGCUGGGGGAAUUGGAGGAGAAGGCACGGGCGGUCAAGAGGGGAGCUGUGCGGCGGGAGAGGCAGAGGCGGAAGGUCGAGAGGGCUCAGCACGUGGUGAUGGAGGCUGGUACUGGGUCUGGAUCGGGAUCGGGGGCCAAAGGGAAGAGGGGGCUUGGGGCGAUGGAGGUGGAGGAGGAGAGGGGUGGCAAGUUUGCGGGGAUGGGGAGGAGGUUGGGUUGA